GAUUACAUCGGACUUUAGUUGUGGCGAGCAAACGUGUAUGUUGUUGUGCAGAUUAAAUAUCUCACAUUAAUGUUGUUAAUAUCUUGUUAAUUCUCGUAAAUAAAUUGUUGUUUCUUGUUUCAUGUCAGUGCAUAAUUUAAGGUUAUAAUGAUUUUAAAACUAAUAAUAGCUUCUAUAUUAAUAUGGAAAGCAGGUUCCCAGAAAUAUCAAUCAAAUAAUGGCUUUGAACGAUUUAUUCUAUCAAAUAUUCCGCAAUUUAACAUAGGUCCGUAUGGCGGUAGCUCAUAUUCGCCACGCUUUUCUCAGAAUACGGAUCAAUCAUAUUUAAAUAAUGGACUGGGAGAAAGAUUAUCAGAUUACCAAUCCAACGCACGGACUCAACCACCAAUUCAGAAAAAUAAAUUGCAAUCACAACAGACCGUUUUUCAACCUAGUGUUCAACAACAAAAGCAAACACAAAUUCAAUCUAACAAAAAAAUUGUAGCCAUCCCGUUACAAUUGCAACAACCACAAAAUUUACAAUUACAACUGCAACAACAGAACACACAAACACAACUGGAAAUAGACCAACAAGCCGUGCAACAACAAUCAAACCUACAGCAACAGUCAAAUUAUUACCAACAAAACCAGCAACAACAGCAUAAAAAUUUCCAACAAAAUGUACAACCACAGUACCAACAGAAUUUAAAGCCACAGCAACAGAAUUAUCUCCAAAAUCAGCAAAACCAACAACAGGUUUAUCCACAAAACAAACAACAGAUUUAUCCCCAAAACCAACAACAGAUUUAUCCCCAAAACCAACAACAGAUUUAUCCCCAAAACCAACAACAGAUUUAUCCCCAAAACCAACAACAGAUUUAUCCCCAAAACCAACAACAAAUUUAUCCCCAAAAUCAGCAAACCCAACAACAGCUGCCUCAAGUUCUACAAUCUCAAGUUUACGGAUCAAAUAAUCAAAAUUAUUAUUCGGGACAAACGAAUACGCAAUCAAUAAACACCGAUCUAACAUCGAAAUUUGGCAAUGACAAUACCGGAAAAACAAGCCAAAAUGCAAAUUACAACAACGAAACCCUGGCUAUAACUAAAUUUGGUCUGAAAUUGUUUAAGGCCGUAAUUAGCCAGGGAAAUAGUGUGAUAUCACCGUAUUCAGUCGCAUUACUUUUAGCACUUGUACAACAAGGUUCGUCAGGGUACACGCAACAAGAAAUCACCACGGCUCUACAAUUGACUCCAGAUGCAUCACAAACAUUGUUUAAAGGACUUACAGCUUUUAUGAAGAAACGUGGGUCUCGCAACAUUCUGAAGAUUGCAAGCAACAUUUAUGUAGCAAAUGGCUUUAUACUUGAUAAGAAGUUCAAAUCAAAUGCUAUCAAUGCUUUCGGCAGUGACGUCACCAGUGCGAACUUCAACGAUCCUUACGGAACCUCGGCAAGGAUAAACAAUUGGGUGUCUGAAAAAACGAGUCACAAGAUUACAAAUCUCUUGACACCAGAGUCGAUUACGCCGGAGAGUUUAAUGGUACUGGUGAAUGCUGUAUACUUCAAAGGCAGUUGGGAUAUAAAGUUCAGACCAGAGAUGACACAGGACAGUAUCUUCACCCUAAGAGAUGGAUCUCAGAAGUUAGCGAAAUUUAUGCACGCGACAAGAAUGGUCAGAACAGACGUCGAUCCUGUACUAAAGUCACAAAUAUUGAUACUUCCAUUCGAGGGCAGUGAAUACUCCAUGAUGUUUAUACUUCCACUGAAGGGAAACGAUGUCAAUAACGUACUUCUAUCAUUGACGGAGCCACAACUCUACUCAUACCAGAACCUUGGACCUAAGGAAGUUAAAAUUAAAAUCCCCAAGUUUAGUGUCAAACAAGACAGUGACGUACAAACGGUUUUAAGUGCGCUUGGUCUUUGGACAAUGUUUAGUAAUGAAGCAGAACUGAGUGGGAUUGGUCAAAAGAAUGGAAUAUCACCGCGUAUCUCAACUGGUGUACACAGCGCGCUUCUAUCUAUUGACGAGAACGGAGGUUCUGCUACCGCUGCCACUUCUCUAUCUGUAGUUGCUCUUUCCUACGACGAUCCUUCAACAUCUUUUACCGCCGACCGACCCUUCCUCGCAAUACUCUGGGAUAAUAAACUUACCACACCCCUCUUUAUGGCCAAAGUAGAAGAUCCGGAAUCAUAAUUAUUAGUCAUUUUUAUAUUUUAGUGUAAGAAUUUUGAAGUGAGGUAAUUA